GUACCUCUCAACGACUUGUUGAGACACGUUGGCUGGUCUUCACUUCAACAGUGCUAGAGCACAGAGUCGUCGUCCGAGUCCUUCGACUCGCCAGACGACGUUGAAUCUCCACAACCAAUGGUGCGCAGUUGACUCCGGCGGAAGCAGCGCUUCAAUUGCAGGAUAUCACGUCUGUAGGUUAAACCAUUUCACCCACAGCACAAUGGCAAAGACGAUACUCAUAACGGGUUGUUCGGCGGGCGGGAUCGGUGCCGCCCUAGCACAGGCCCUGGCCGACCAAGGUCAUCACAUCAUCGCCACCGCCCGCAGUCCAUCCAAGAUACCCCUCGAGCUCCGCUCCCUUUCCAAUGUCAUAACGCUGGCUCUCGAUGUUUCGUCAACAGAAUCUGUCAUACACGCCGCCAAAACGGUGAGUGAGGCGGGCAAGGGGUUAGAUGUGCUCGUCAAUAAUGCUGGCGUGGGUUACACGAUGCCUAUCCUAGACGUGGACGUGGAGCAGGCGGAGCGUCUAUAUGAAGCGAAUGUAUGGGGACCAGUGCGGACAAUACAAGCUUUUGCGGAUCUUCUUAUUGCGAGUGAGGGCCGCAUCGUCAACAUGAGCAGCGUUGGGGCGGUGGUCAAUACACCUUGGAUCGCCUCUUAUGCGUCGUCCAAGCCUGCGCUCAAUAGCAUAUCAGAGACAUUGCGCCUCGAGCUUGGCCCUCUCGGCGUCAGCAUGACAACUGUGUAUCUGGGGACAGUCGCGACGUCCUUUCACGCGAAUGAACCAGCACCAGAGCUUCCACCGGGAUCGCGUUACACGAGCAUCCUCGACACAAUAACGAAAUGGGCGAAGGGAGAAUCUGGUCCCAAGGCCGGUUCCAUGAAGGACCUGGUUGACUCUGUUUUUCCUGAUAUUCUGGGUGAAAAAGGUGGUAUUGUAUGGAGGGGUCCAAACAGCGGCGCUGUUAGAUUUCUCUCCCGAUGGAUGCCCAUGUAGCUGCUGCACAAGGGUGAUUAGAUCUCAGGCGCAGAUGCAUCAGCAUCAACUUGUGCAGUCGAGGGUCGGCUUGGGAAUGUAAAUGGAUACAUUUUAGAAGAUGACGCCUACUCCGGAACCUUAAUUUCUCCGGGAACUUUUGUCGUGAACAGCCCAUGCGGAUCGACUGUCGCUCUCACCUUCUUCAGUCUCUUUACACCUUCCUCCUCAUAGCUCGCAAGACCCAAUAGAAGGAUUCGGGUCAGAUAAUGGUGCGAUUGCGUAAGACGGCACAGCAGUUUGAUCCGAAAGCGC